AUGAGUAUAUCGAGUGUUGAAUAUGUUCCAUCAACGGAUACGAUCGCCGACAUAGCACUUGCGCAAACCCAAUCAACAAGUCUCCGCACCUCGAGCGCCAUUCUCCUCUCCGUUCUCUUCAUAUCAUCAUUCGUCCUAAAUCUUGUUGUUAUCGCGGCGAUUUUAGCCGGUAAAAAGUUGCGUGCUGCUCUUUUCCGUCGUCUCCUUGUGCUCCUCUCAUCUCUCCAUAUCGUUUUUCUCUUCACCGUUCUCCUCCCAUCACUUAUUUUUGUAGCUAAUGGUACUUGGACUUUAGGCGAUUUCCUUUGCAGGGGAAAUGCUUUUUGUCAGCAGUUCUGCGCCUUAUUCGGAACGCUGAUUCUACUCACGAUGGCCACGGAGAGAGCCACGACUAUCACGCAAAAGCCUUUCCCACUAUUUGGCGGCAUGAAGACAAUUGCUAUAAUCUCUACAACAAUCGUCAUCGCUCUUUGCUUGACGGUCCCAAUCUUGUUUCCAGUGAUCCCCGUGCAAGCAUUUACCAAUCGAUAUUUGUGCUCAAUUGGGGUAAUGGCUCCAAUCUAUCGCCCAGCCACUCAAAUCUUUCUCUACUUAAUCAUUCUGUCUGGAAUGCUCAUUUGCACUGGAGCCAUUUACACUAGAAGACAGAUCUCGAGCAUCCCCCAACAGUCACACGAGUUCACCCUUUUCAUCACGAAAACCCGAGCUCUGCAAGAGGAUACAUUACUCGGAAAAAUGACGAUCCGUCUCUUCUGUGCCUAUGUCCUCAUCGUCGGCCCCUACAUUGUACUCGAAUUGAUUUUAGAGAUUUGCGAUUCGAAAGAGUUGCAAUCGGGUGUGACGAUUCAGCAAGAUCUCGACACUCUUCUCACUUGGUUGUCCUUUAUUUAUCCUCUUGUGGCGCCGAUUAUGAUUUUCUGUUCCUGUGACGACAUUUGGAGUCAAGUGUUGGAAACUUUCUGCUGCAAGUCACAAGAGCCACCGACGAUUGGUUCGUACUUGAUGGGAAAUACAGGAAAAAACAAUCCAAACUCGGGAGUGAUGACAUUGGUGGCCACGUCAGAAGGAGUUCAACUCAGAUUGCCAUCUAAUAUCGCAUAUCCUCAUUUGCCAAUGGCUCCAGCCUACGAAGAGUACAUCACUUACCCCACUCGGCCAGCGGCGCCACGACCAGACAUUGAAGCCAAUGAAAAUGAGGAUGAAGUCGAAGCACCUAUACUUCCAAUAAAAAGAAAUGAACAGAAUAGAAGAUCGAGAAUUCCCGAACCACAAGCCGGUCCAUCCACUCGACAAACGCAACAUCGACGAGCCGUCAAUAGUGGCGGGAUCAAGAAACCGAAAGUGACAAGAAGAAAUCCUUCACAAAGCAAAGUCACCACAACCUCGAGAACCAAUGUCGGAAAGACAAAACCCAGAAAA